UGUUGAGUGACGUGUAUGAUGAACAUAACCUCGAAGUGUAUGUAUGUUUUGCAACAUCCAAUGUUCCAGAUGUUGUCAUCAACAUUUACAUUAUGCCCAGUAUGAUAACCACUGAUGAUGCGUUUAACUGCUAAACCCAUCUAACCUAAACCAUGGAAGACCAAGAAAGUUUUCCCCCUGACACAGAGGAUGUCAGGGAGCAAAUUGAACAGCAACGGACGUUAGCAGCCCAGCUGAAAGAAAAAUUAGAACAAGACGAGCUUCAGCUAGCAAGUAAAGAGCAAAAAAAUGAGCUCCUAAAGUCCAAACUGUCACUUCUUAAGUCUCGUACCAAGGCCAAGCGAGCUUCUGGUGCAAAUGACAAAGAUGAUAAUAAAGCUAAAGGGGGCAAAGACCAGAGUAGUGCAUCACCUAAAAACACUGCCAGGAAGCAAACACCUACCUCAGCAAACAAGGGUAAAAUUAACAUUUUGCGGGAGCAGUUGGAGCAAAACAGGCUCAAGUUUGAGCGCCAUGGCCAGGAGCUGUCAGAAGAUACUCGUAGUAUGGAAGUCAUGGUGGAACAACUCCGACAUGAACUGGAAGAAAGGGAUGUUACAAUUCAGCAACUGCAAGAUGGACAAGUGCCGAUUGUAUCAUCUGUUUGUGAAGAGCCGGUUUCUGAGCCAGUGGAUGUUUCAACAUUGCUGCUUCAGAAAGAGAAUGAUGUUAAAAACUUGUCUUCCCAAGUCAUAGAUCUUCAGAAUGUCAUUCUUGAACUUCAAGAAAAUCUUAAAGAGAAGGAUUGUGUGAUUGAAGCCAGAACACAGGCAAUUAGUCUCCUCUCUGAGGAUAUGUCAAAAAAAUGGAGAGCCAAUGUGGAUAUGUUAGAAGAAACGAGACUGCAGAUGCAAAUGAUGCAAGAAAAUUUUGUAAGAAUCGAAGCUGGUUUAAACGCAGAAAUUGAUCAAUUAAAUGUGCAACUUCAAAAUAAUGCAUCUAGGCUAGCUCAGGCAGAACAGAAUGUCAAAGCGGCGGAGUCAUCUCGGGAUGAUUUCGCAUCUCAGAAUGCUGAACUUCUUGCAGAACUUAAUCGUCUGAAGGAAGCUCCAAAGGAAGCCUCAGGUCUAGAGGAUGCCAAGUCAAAGAUAGAUGAGCUUUCUCAAGCCCUGAGUGAAGCUAAUAAGUUAACUGUCAAACUUAAAGCUGACCAUAAGGCUAAAGUUAAAACUUUAAAUAAACAAAUUGACAGUUUAAGAAAGGAAUCAGAUUUGAGUGGAGAAGUUGUUCAGCUUCAAAAUCACAUAGCAGAAUUGGAGGAGGAGAAAGGUAAUCUGCAAUUACACAUAAUUGAGAUUGAGGAGAGCACAGGUACCCAAGAACAGAAAAUUAAUGAACUUGAGAAGACUAUACAAGAACUACAAAAUCAAAAGGUUGUCUCAGAAAUGAAGCUGAUUGAAGUAGAGGACCAGCUAUCAUCCUAUGCAGCUGUCAUGGAGGAAGCUAAUGAGUUGAAACUUAAACUUGUCGAUAGAGAAGACGAAAUUCAGCAUCUAAAGGACUGUCUUGAACGGGUGGGAUCUUUCCCUAAGGCAGACUUACACUCUGAUCUACAGGACGAGUUGAAAGAUGCCAGAAGUGCUGUGCAAGAAUGGGAGGUUCGCUACGUUGCUUUGGAAAAACAGUUCAAGGAGAAGAAUGAUGAGCUUGUUUCGGCAUUAUCAGACCUCAGUUCUCAGAGAAGUCUUCAGUCCAUUGGUCAGGAUUCGGUGUCUGAUGCCAAAUCAUCAGAUGAAGAAAUAAGUCGCGGUGAAAGAAUUCUGAUGACUAAAGUACAACAUUUGGAGCAGUCUAUAAGAGAUAAACAGAUUGAGGUACAAGAAUUAGAGGCGCUAGUCCGAGCCAACCUUGAGAGAAUUGACAACCUCAUUUCUACUCCAGCUGUUAAUCCUGAUAGUGAGGAAUUGAAAGAGCGCAUCAGGGUUCUAGAGUCUCAAAUUAUGUCUUUUGAGGCCUCAGUCAAUAUGCUUCAAGAAGAAAAUGGAACAUUGAAGGAAUCACUGUCAUUAUUAAAAACUUCAGCAACUGCAGGCGAACAGGUUGAUGGAAAUAAGACUUCCAUGGAUCAAAAUUCUUCCAUAGACACAUCACAGCUUCAGAGGGAAUUGAUUGAAGCUUCUGGGGAACUGGAACUGAAGAGGGAUGAAUGUACUCGGCUUGAAAGUAAACUCAAAGCUCAAGUAGAGAAAUACAAGAAAAUAGUUGUGAACCUCAAAGUGAAAACUCUAGCUAACAAAGAGUUGGAAGAAAGAGUGAACAGGUAUGAAACAGCGAUUCAGACCCAUCAAAUGGAAGUUGAUCAGCUGUCAAGGGAGAAGCAAGAUAUGUUGGAGAAAUGGCAGACAGAAAUGGCAGAAAAGGAUGAAGUGCUCAGCCAAGCAGCUGAUAAACUGGCUGGCAGAGAAAUGGAUGUGCUGAACCUCAGUCAGCAGCUUGGUGAAAAAUCGGCUGUCAUUGUUGAUCUGGAGGCUAAAGUAGCUGGUUUGCAGGCACAUGUAGAAGAGUUGCAGCUUUUGAUUGAGGAGAAAUCUGCUUCUCUUGAGAAAUUAAACACAGCCCAUGCGGAACAGAGUCAACAAGCGGAGAGUCAUAUGGUCUCUGCCUUGCAAGGAGAACUGAUUUCUAUCAAAAAUCAACUUGAUUUGGAAAUGGAGGAGAAAAUAGCAGCUAUAACCAAGCUGGAAACUUUCACUAAGCAAGCUAAAAUCAAACUUGCUAAAGAAAAGAAGGUACGUACAGAUUUGAUAGAAAAGCAAACUGAGCUUGAAGCACUUCUAGCUGAGAAGAAUGCUGCUAUCACUGAUAUGCAUGAGCAACGUGCGCAGGAGGUGGGUUUCUAUCAACAAGAAAAGGAGAGAUUGGAAAUUAUGUUGAAAGAACAUCAAGAACUGGCGGCAAAUCUCCAACAACAAUUGGAACAAGAACGAAACAAACUUCAGUAUGCUAAUGAGAGUCUUGCUAUUGCUGAAGAAUGUGUUGAAGUUGCUCAGGAUCUUGACCCACUUCCAUCUCCAGAAAGUUUCCAGGUUGAGGUAGAGAACCUCCUUGUGUCUUUGAACACUAAUUCUCCUAAUGAUGUUCUUCCUGUAUUAGAACAGGAGAAAGUGAAAACUAUGGAUGUAUUCAGUAGUUCUUUUGCAUCCCUGCAUAAUCAGAUCAUUGAAAGGCUUAAAAAUAAGCCUGAUGUAAAUGGUGAACGCAAGAUGUUUGCAGAGCUUAGUAACCUUGUUACUAGAGUCAUAAACCGUACAGCAGCUCUUGAAAACAAAAUAAAGUCUAUUGUAGCUGAGAGUGAUGCAGUUAUUCACAGGAAACUGUUUGAUGCAGAGCAAAGCAUCCAAGUUUUGGAGAGUACUUUGACAGAAACUAAACAACAUCUUGACUCUAAAGAAGCAGAGAAAAUCAAUCUUGAAGAUGCUGUGAACAAUCUUAACAGAGAACGGUGGGAUCUAACACAACAGAUUCAGCAAGAAAGUGAGAAAUAUUACAGUCUUGAGAGACAGCUUAAAGAAACAAAAGAUCAGUUGGACUCCCUGAUCGAAAGCACUAAUUCACUGCAACUGCAAUUAAGUGAAAAGGAUAACAUCAUUAAAGACCUUCAAAUAAGAUGUGAGGAAUCUGAUACUCACUACAAUCACAUUCAAAAUGAGCUUCAUAAUGCCAAUCAACAGCAGAGUGAUCUGAAAUUAAAUUGGGAAAAACUGAAUGAGGAAUGUGAAAUGUGGAAAUCAAAAUUGCUUACAGUAGAGCAGGAAAUGGAAGCCUCCCAUUCGAAAAUGUUAGAACUGCAGUCAUAUUGUGACAAUGCUACAGAAAGAAGUGAAAUGUUGCAACAGAAGCUUGAUGAGGCAACACAACACACAACUGAAUUACAGCUACAGCUUCAUAAAUCUGAAGAAGAAAUGAAAGAACUCAAUGAGCAACUUUCACAUGCUUCACAAUCCAAUUCUCAUUUGCAACAUGAACUCAUGUUGAAGUCAGAUGAUUUGUCUCAGCAAAAUUCUUCUUGGAUAAAUGAGAAGGAUCAAUAUGAACAGAAACUGUUUAGCUUAUCUCAGCAACUGCAAGAAGCUAAGCAACAAAUUCAGAAAGAUGAAAGCUAUUCGCAGUUGGCCACUCCUCAUUUGAAUACUGAUGAAGUGGAAUCCCUUCGAAAGCAACUUGCACAGAAAUCAUCAGAAAUUGAAACUUAUCAGCAACGUUUGAUGCAGCUUCAAAUGGGCGCCCCAGAAUCAAGUGCUUCUUUUUUCAAUCAUCCCAACGAGAAGCAAGAAGUUUCUGAUGCAUUCCACAUGCAUGAGAAAAUGACUCAUCAAGAGGCUGUCAGCUCAUCUCAAAUUGAUACAGCAAGCUCUGUCUCGAUACUAGACGCUUUCAAACCGGCAUCCUCUCUUUUCGAAAUCCCAUCAGAAGUUAAUGAUUUGCAGACUAAAAUUAACAAUUUGACCGAACAAUUGGACUCUUUACUGUCGGUUAAAACUUCUCUUGAAGCUGAAAAAUACAGCCUUGUUGCCAAUUUAGAUGUUCUUACUGAACAGCUAAAUGCUACCAAGAUUGAGCUAGAAUCUUCUCACUCUAUGUUAAACAACCUACAGCUGAAGGUUUCUGAACUAACUGCAGCUUUACAAAAGUCUGAGGAAUGUAAUGAACAAGAGAAACUUGCUUCUGUCAAGCUUCAAAAUGAGCUGAGAGAAUUACAGUUGAGAUUUGAAUCUGAAGAAUAUGACAAGCAGAGGGCUGAAGGGGAAUUGAAAGAUAGAGCUCAAAAGGAUGCUGAUGCAAGGCCUAGGAUACCGAAGACAUUGGACACUCAUGUAUCUUCAUUGCAAGAUAGUGGUACUGGCUUUAACAGUGGAGAAAUUCAAAAUGAUUCCUUAGAUGAGGAAAAGGCUGAUGAGUCCUUGAUGGAAAGUAAUAUUACUCAAAUGGAAUCAGAACUAAGUGGAAUGGUGACAUCUCAGAGGCCAUCUGCCGAAGACAGUGCAUCGGAGAAGCCUGCCUCACUCGCAAUUGAAGUGCAAGAUUUACAACAACAAUUAGCUAAAUUGUUGUCAGAAAAGAACUCGGCUUUGCUACAAAUAGAGACUCUUCAAGCCGAAAUCAAAUUACUAUCACAAUCAGCAUCAAGUGCUUUGAGUCCUACAAGUCCCCCCUUGAUUUCUGACACAGAUGCUUUGAUGAAUGAAGAUGAUAGCUGGGGCUGGGGAGUUGAGAGUGCUCACCUAGAGGCUGAGCAUCAUCAGCAGAAGAUUCAAAAUGUUCCCCCAGCAGAUGACUCAAUUUCAGUUUUGCAAGGAAAGAUAGAGCUCUUACAAGUGGAAAAUGCAGAAUUGGAAAAGGAUAAGACUCAACUUGCCGAAGAUUUAAAGGCUUCCCAAAUAAGAGCUGCCAAACUUACACGCAAAUUGAAAGAUCUGAAAAGUAAAUAUGAUGAUAUUGCUGGCAAAACUCGAUCUACAGACUCACCUUUCGACAGCUUGGAUCAAGCUAUUGAAGAAGAGAGAAUGAAGCAGAUGCAAAACUUGGAGAAAGAGCUUAAAGAUGUUCAAGCUGAGUUCAGUGUGGUCAAAACUGAACGUGAUCGACUGCUGAAGCAAGUUGACGUUUUCUCCUCUGCCAAUGAUCGUAUGUUAGAAGCAAAAGAACGGCAGGAUGUAGAAGUGGAAAUGUGGCAGAAGCGUAGCAAAGAUCUUACCAACCAAGUUCAAGCACUUGAAUGGAAGAUAAGAGAGCUAGAGGAGGGUAGGGAAGAAAAAGAAGUAUCUGCGUCAGAAAGUGUUAAUACUGUAGAAACACCAAAAUUGCCUCCAUCCACUGAGAUUCUUAAUCCUGUUGAAAUUGAACAACUCUUGAAAGAAAAUCACACAUGGAAUGCAAACUAUGAAAGUUUGAUGCAGGAAUAUCAGAAACUUCGUAGCCAGUGUCUUGCUGACAGUGAACAACGCACUCAGGUUGAUGCACUUCUAGCCCAACAGAAAGGCAUGAUUGAACGUUUGGAACAUGAAAAAACCUAUUUCCAAGACGUUUAUGACUCUUUGAAAAUGGAUUAUGAAUCUGCUUGUGCUGAACUAGCCUCUACAGCCUCAAUCCAAGAUGAUACCGCAGAUGUAGUUAAGAAGGUUGAAGAACUUGAGGGAAAACUGAGUAUUUCAGAGAAACAAUUGGAGGAAACUAUUACUCAACUUCAAGCUGUGUCUGCCGACAAUUCUGAUUUCCAGACUCAAUGCAGUCAGUUAAAUGAGUCCAGGAGAGAGCUGUUGCUUCAAUUGGAACAGAGUCAAAGUCAAUUGGAAGCCAAAAGUCAGGAAAUUGUUAAACUGCAGGAACAGGUACGGGUUCUGGAAGAAAAAUCUGUCACUCCAACUGCUGAUGGUGCAUCUCUGUUUCCAACUCCCGUACAGGAAACAUUCUUUGCUCAUGAACAUUCUGUGCAAGGCUCUUCCCCUAAUAGUUCUGUUUUGAAUUGGGGCAGCAUUGUUCCUUCUGGUGAGCAGGCAGCUGUUGACAUUUUUGAAUCCAUUGCUAGCAAUACUGCACAAGGGAUGGAGGAACAACUGCAGAUGAAAGAGAAUGAAAUCCAGAAAGAAAAAAGAAUGAUAGAAACUCUGAGAAGGUCUAUGGAAGAAUCUGAGCAAGAGUGGGGCCAAAUGAUUGAAUACCACAAGACCCAACUAGAGGCAGCUAAGAAGACAAUUAGUGACCUACAAACAGAACUUCAGACCAUGCACCUUCAUGCUGCAAAUAAUGAUGAAAGUCUUGAAUUAAAAUUGAAUUUUAAUAGUCAGAUAGAGAAAUGCCAAGAGCUGCAAAAUGUUGUAUUUGCCAAGGAUAAAGAAAUCGAAAGUCUCCAGAUUAACUUAGCAGUGAGUGAAGAGUCCAAAAAGAGGCUUGAGUCUGAACUUCUCUCCAAGCAGGCUGAACUAGAAAGAAGGCUACAGGAAGUCCCUCAGUCAACACAUGAGAAUCCUUCUCAAUCAGCGGCUUCAGCUCAGCUUUCCAUUCCUGAUAUUCGGGAGAAUACUCCAGCUUUAGUUCCUACAGGCAUUCCAGUCAUGAGUUCUUCUGAUAAGAAUUUGUCAAGUGAACUGGAUCUUGCUCUCUAUCAGCUUCACGAGCGUGAUGUUCGGUGUGAGGAGCUUACUCUGGAACUCACACAGUUGUUGGAGGAACGUGAUGGUUUGCAGCUUCGUUUAAGUAAUGCCAUUCGUACUAAUGAAGAGUUAAGGGAGCGGUUGCGACAACUCCUUUCUAGUCAACCCGAUGACAGAAAUAUUUCAUUUACAACAAAUUUGCAAGGUGCUGAGCUUAAUGCCAGUGUUUCUUUAGAGAAUCUUAAUGUUCCCAAUGCUGCAUAUGUCCAGAAUGUAAAUCCAGAAGGACACCAGGCAAACCUUCAAAAUAAGCUCACAGAGUUACGGACAAUUGGCUAUAGCCAUGAUAAAAGGUUGAAGGAAGAUAGUGAAUAUCGUCACCAGCAGCAGAUGCGUUUCUUAUCCCCUAGCCCUCCUACUGUUUUAACUGGAGCUGGAAGUGAGCCAACGGCCAGUGAAUUUACCUUGGUCCCAGCCUCUGAGCCUGUUGAUAGCAGCACAAAUAUUGACGUAAAUAAUGCUGAGCCACCAACAUCUAAUGAGUCACAAGGUUCCCUCCUUGGCUGGUUUUGGGGCCGCAAUUGAUUACUGACACAUUGAAUCCAGGAGAUUUAUUUUCACAAUGCUGCUUGCAUUGUUUCCUGAAAGAGCCAUCUCAUCAGCAUGGGACUUCUGACUGAUAACACACAGAAGACUUAAAGUGAAAUUUCAAGACUUGGAAGGAUGUAGGAGUUUUGUACUUGAUUUUUAGGAGAAAUUUUUAUUUUUCACAUGCUCAUGAGUGAUUGAGACUGGAAUUGUAAAGGGUUUUACUGCAUUAAUUUGUGGAUGACAUGCUAUUUUCUAUAAAGGUUAUUUGUCAAAACUUGAAAGGUAUUUUCUCAUAACCUUUGCUCUUCCUGGGAUGUGAUGAUGGGUGCUCCACAUGUUAAACUGUGAAGGUGUCCCCAACCAGUUAUCUAAUGCCAUGGAUAAAUCAUCACAUACCUGUGUCUUUCUUUUCCUUGUUUCCUGUGAAUGUUGUUGAAGUGGCCUUGUGAAGGAUGUGGGACCAGCAGUAAUUUUAAUGGUUUCUGUUUCCUAGAACCUUGAAUUUUGGUUAUCCACAAUUGUCCAAAGGAUGAAAAGUUUUGCAAUCGUCCAUUUUAAUCAUACUUGAUUUCAAUAGCUGUUCCAUAUGACCGAUCAGAAAUCACAAAUUUGCAAGCGUUUGUUAGUUGUAACUUAAAUGAAUUUUUUCCGACUUGUCAGAUUUUUUAUUGUUUGGUACAAUACUUGUGUAUAUGUAAACUCGCACCUCAUAUUUUGAAUCAAUGUGAUAUUUUAAUUGUUAAUUGUGAAAGUGAUUCUGUCACAAAUUUAUUAGAUAAUUUUCAAAUUUUAUGGUUAGCACAAUUUUUUUGUUCUUAAUUAUGGUUACCAUUCUUGAUAUCUGUUCUUUGUUUUUUAAUUGUCAUAUUUCUUCAAAACAAAAUAAAAUUGUUCCUUGCCUCUGACCAUAGCAUAAGUGUACUGUUUGUUUUCUUGGCUGCUUUAAAAUAAACUUGGUCUAUGAUUUAU